AUGAAGGUUCAUCAUGGGAAGCAUCACGCUGCUUAUGUUGCUGGCUUGAAUGCUGCGGUGGGAAAGACGGCAAAGGAUGGAAGUAUGGCGGCCCUGACAGCUUUACAGCGCGAUGCUGUGAAAGCGGGGACUGCGCAGCGGAACCAUGGUGGUGGGCAUUAUAACCAUGCGCUAUUCUGGGUCAACCUGGCAGCAGCCAGCGGAUCCUCCGAACCUUCCCCAGAUCUUGCUGCGGCAAUAGAUGACAAAUUUGGAAGCCUUGAUGGGCUUAAGGAGGCCUUUGCAAAGGCAGCCAUGGGUCGUUUCGGCAGCGGCUGGGCGUGGCUGGGCGUCACGCCCCAGGGCUCCUUGGCCGUAACUUCAACUGCCAACCAGGACAAUCCGCUGAUGGAAGGUCUGGAGUACAGCGUUGAGAAGAUGAUCCCAAUUUUGGGUUUGGAUGUUUGGGAGCACGCUUAUUACCUGAAGUACCAGAACCGACGAGCAGAAUAUGUCUCAGCCUUCUGGAAUCUUGUCAACUGGAAAAAGGUGAGUCGAAACUACGAGGAGUAUGCCAAAAAAGGACAGCCAGUACCUCCCACACCAACAGGUGGUGGCCAUGCAAUGGAGCUGUGA